CAUGAAGUUCUGGUUACAAUUAUUAAAUUCAACAUGGCGGCAAAAUAUGAUGGAGAAAAUUUGAACGAUUUUAGAGAGAUUUCAGACCAAAGUAAAACAGAGGAAAUGAACCAAAUGUUUUGCAGAAUAAUAAACAAAACUGAUGUUAAUAUAAAAAGUCAACAGCGCACAGAUACGGAUCUUUCAGAUGAACAAAAAAUACAAAUACUAAAAGACAUUUUUGAGCAAAACCCACGCGUAUUUCUGACCCGUUUUGGGCAGUGGAUUUCAGUUGAAGAUCUUCGUUGUUUUUGUGCUGCUUCAGGCAGCGAAGUGGAGUAUGCUAUUGGUGUUUUAAAGAAGAAUUUGAAUGCAAAACGCUCAGGUGUUUGUGUAAAGAAUAGACGGUAUGAGGCAUUGCAGAGACUGGAGAAAGACACUAGUUAUUUUAGUGAAGAUGAAAUGCAACAGAGGUGUCCAUUGUUAUAUGAGCAGUACAUUGGACAAUACGUGACUGACGAAGAGAAAUUCAAACAGGAUGAGGCAAAGAUGAAAGAUGAAUUCAAGAUGUCAUCGUUCAUUUUUCAACAGAUUGAUCGUGAUUGGUUGAGAAAGAAAGAAAUGGAGGAACGAGAGUUGGAGGAAUGUAUGGAAGAGGAGGAAGAUGACGAGAGUGACAGUCACAGUGAUAAUGAGGGACAUGAUGAGGAUAACAGAGAUCAUGUUGAGGAUGCUGAGGGACAUGGUGGGGAUACUGUGGGAUAUGGUAAGGGGAUUGAAGGACAUGAUGGAAUAUAUAACAAUAUUGGGGGACAUAAUGGGGUUGAUAGUGAUAUUGAGGGACAUGAUGGAAUACAUUGGGAUACUAAGGAAUAAUUUAUAGAUAUUGAGGGAUGCAAUAUAAUACAUAGCAAUAUAGGAAUGUGAUGGGAUAUAUAGGAAUAGUAAGGGAUGUAAUGGGUACAUGGGGAUAUUGAGGGAUGUAAUGGGAUACAUGCCAGAGAUGGACAAAAUGAUGGUAGGGUCAUGGGGGAGGGGAUUAUAAGGAUAACCUGGGAUGUGAAUGGGAUGGAAGAGAAAUCAUAUAAGUUUUUGUGUUUACAGUACCUCAUCCAAUCCAAAAGUUUUUUCUAUAAAUGUUAUUUAGAUGUGACAAAUAUAAAUUCUGAAGAUAAACUGAAACUCCGUGAAGAAUUUCUAAACCUCAUGAGACAGAGAUUCUUGGAAGGCUUGGAUGAGGAAUUUGAUUACACAAAAGUUGAUACAAGUGAUGAAUAUGACAAUCUGGAGAUAUUAGGCCAGGAUGAACAGGACAAAUAUUUUGACGAAGAACCAGAGGUGAUUAAUGGGGUUGUUAGUAACGAGGUCAUUAGUAUUAAUGAGGAACAGAUGUUGACUGACUCAAGUGAGGAAGAUGAUUACUUAAGUGACAAAAUUUUAGAAAAAUGUUGUGCUUCAAAGAGGUAGAAUGUGUAAAUUUAGUGAAUAUUGCUUGCCACAUAGUAAUGGACCGACCACUCAAUCACAGCAAGUUGAAGUUUCUUCCUGUUUGGGCCACUGAUCUCAUUAGUCAUAGUGUUUGGGCCACUGAUCUCAUUAGUCAUAGUGUUUGGGCCACUGAUCUCAUUAGUCAUAGUGUUUGGGCCACUGAUCUCAUUAGUCAUAGUGUUUGGGCCACUGAUCUCAUUAGUCAUAGUGUUUGGGCCACUGAUCUCGUAGUGUUUGGGCCACUGAUCUCGUAGUGUUUGGGCCACUGAUUUGGGCUAGUACAGGUAAAUUUCUAACAACAAGCAGACCUAUAGCACACAUAUCUCAAAGUACUUCUCAUUUAUUAAAAAAUAUUUACAGUUUUUCAUACAUCUAUGCAUGUUAUAAAUACCGGUAUGCAUGUUGUAGCAUACAUUCUCACAAUCAAUAUCUGUACAUUACAACUGUUCACUUCUUUGAUGUGGCAUGGACAUUGUUUCAGUAGAGGCAAUUUCCUGUAGUCAAGAGAAUAUAUAUUAACCUGUUGUUAACUGUAUUUGUACAUUUACUAACAAACUCUUUGGAGUACCUGAAAACAACUUACAGUUAAUAUUAUUGCGAUGUUGUUCAGGAUGAAACAUAUAUGAGGCCAUGUCAGGCUCCUCAGGUUCUGGUGUUAACCAAUCUUUAGGAAGGCAGUUGUAUACCCAAGGAAGACGAGAACCUAUGUUUGCUAUUCUGUUGACCCAAGCAGGAAUAUCUUUGCCACACAAUAACUAAAAAGAAGAUUAAUGAUUCAUCCAG